AUGACACGAAUAACCGAAUGGCGCAAACUCCCCGUCACACUGAACGAGCUCUGCCUCGCCACGACACUGCGCUGUGGCCAAUCCUUUCGAUGGCGCCAAUGUGAAGACCAGACGUGGGCCUGUACGCUGCGAGGGCGGAUUGUGCAACUGGCGCAGGAACCCUCGCACGUCCAAUACCGCUCGAUAUGGCCGGCCGCUUCUGGAGCACCCCCAACACCUCCAUCCUCUGUGCCACCCACGGUCGACGAGAAGAGCGACGCCGAUGCCGACGACGACACCGAGAGCCUCCUCCACCAUUACCUGAAUCUGGGGCCUAAUCUCGAGGGCCUCUAUGCGCAAUGGUCGGCCGCAGAUGCCAAUUUCAGCAAGAAGGCACCCAAGUUUACGGGGGUGAGGAUCCUAAGGCAAGAUGCGUGGGAGGCGCUCAUUGGCUUCAUCUGCAGCAGCAAUAACAACAUCAUAAGAAUAUCGCAGAUGGUCGACAAGCUGUGUACACAUUACGGGUCAUUUAUUGGCACCUUGGAGGGCCGGGCGUAUCAUGACUUUCCUGAACCUACGGCACUGACAGGCAAGAAUGUCGAAAGUCAUUUGAGAGAGCUUGGAUUUGGAUAUCGCGCAAAAUACAUCUACCAGACGGCCAGGAUGAUCGUUGAGGAGCGAGAAGAGGGCUGGCUAGAGGGUUUGCACAACCCAGAAAAUCCAGCCUACCCCGGCAAGGCUACCGCGGGUGGCGAGAUAAAGCCUGAAGGUCGAGACGGGUAUCGCGACGCACACGAAAAACUACUGACGUUGCAGGGAGUGGGACCCAAAGUCGCAGAUUGUGUGUCAUUGAUGGGUCUGGGCUGGGGAGAGGCUGUUCCCGUCGACACCCAUGUCUGGCAGAUUGCGCAGCGGGACUAUAGAUUUGGCAAAGGGAAGCAUAGAAGCUUGACCAAGGCCACGUACGAUGCAGUGGCCAACCAUUUCCGACAGCUGUGGGGAAGAGAGGCCGGGUGGGCGCACAGUGUCCUCUUCACGGCGGACUUGCGGACAUUUGCAGAGAGGUUGACGGUGACAACCAAGAUGGAGAGUGCAGUGCAGGGAGGUGUUGCAGUGAAGAAGGAGGAGGUGGAGGAGGAACUGCGCCUGGAGGUUGUGGAAAAGAUGGACACAGCGGAGACGACGGCUACGAUACGGCGGGCGGCUAUCAAGCGAGAAGCCGAUGGCGAUGUAGUGUCGGAGGACUCGAAAACGAUGGUGAAGCUGGAGGAGGUUUCUACAACAAGUGGGGGGCGUGUGAAACGGACAAAGCGCAAAUGA